AUGGCGACGUCCGCGUCGGUGUACAACUACCAGCGGACGGUGCGCCAGAUCCUGAAGCGCCACCGCAAGGACCCCGCAAGCUUCAUUGUACAUAUCCAUCCGCAGUUUAUGCGCUUUGAAAAGCAGGAUGGGUGCUUCCUUUUUGAGUCGCGCACCAAAGACUUUCUCCACUAUAUCCGGGACCAGACGCUGCCGGUCGACCUCGUGGACGUGUUUGAGCAGGCGGGCGUCCCGUUCUUUGAGGGGUGCCUCAUGGUCGAGGUCCACGACCACCGCAAACCGACCGCAAGCGCGGCAGAAAACAGCGCACGCAACGAGUACGGCCGCAUGGACCGGAACAAUACCGAGCUGAUGUACCUCCGCGACGGCGGGCGCUACGGGCGCCGGACGACGGGCGCACUCGGACGCCCGGGCGCGCCUGAAGAUACGUAUCCGGGGCCGGACGGCGUCGAGAUCUACCGCGUCGUCCUCCAGCCGACCGUCGAGGGGGUGUGGAACGAUUUGAAGGCCAUGGACGCCAAGCUGGGGGGGAUCUGGAGCGACGAGGACGCACUGCGCGUCGAGGCCGCGAUCGUAAACCUGACGGCGCCGCCGCUGUGCCUCACCCCGGAUCCCCACGCGAUGCACAUCGCAAACUUGAUGCUGAGCAGCACGAUGCCCCCGGCCUACUAUCCCCACACACCGAGCUUCCAGCGGUACCGCCGCGAAAAAGGGACCGGCCACAAGCUCAACUCGGUCGAGCUCGAGCUCGAGCGGUCGCAGGACGCACGCCGCGAGCAGAUCAUGUCGAUGAUGAAGGACGGCUGGGCGACGACGCCGGCGCCGGCGAAUACGACCGACCUGGGGUCGACCGACGGAUCGUUCGUGCCCACCUUUUCGCGCCUGGACUUUUUGCGCAACUGGCGCAAGGCGCGCGCGGGCGACGGCGCGCCGGACGCCAAUGCACAGCCCAACGGCAAAGUCCCAGAGAUGGCCAAGGCGACGCCGCCCAAGAAGAAAAAGACGGCCAAGGGCAAAGCAGAGGAGAAGAAGGACGAGUCGGCGGCCUCGCCCGACGCCGCAUCGCCCCCGCAAAAGGGGCGCGCAAAGGCGAAACGGCGCAAGACCGAAGAGGUCGCGUCGCCCCUCGAAAAGCCGGCGCCGGCGCCGAAACAAAAGUCGGUCCUCUAUCCCGGCGGCCAGCCGUUUCCGGGCAAGGCCAACGCGCAGUUCCCCGCAUACAACAUGCAGGCCGACAAGCCGAUGGUACUGCCGGGCCAGGGCGUCGCGAUGAACCACAAUGUCCUGCCGAACGGCGCCAUGAUGCCGGGCUUUGGCACGCCGACGCUCGGCAUGCAAGGCCUCCCGUCCGCCUUCAACUCACCGCAGCAGGGCAUGCAGCCGGUGGAGCAGGAAGGCACUUCGUGGAUGUAUUCGUAG